AUUAAAUGAAUAGUUCAACUAACAAACUAAAAUGCGAGGAAUAGAGUUAAUGCUAAUGAGCAUUUAUGCCAUUAGCAAUGUUACAAAUCCAAAUUCGGAUCAAGUGGAUGAUUCAGUUUUACAGAAUCGCUAUUAUCGAGAAGUUAACUUGGCGAAGGCACCACUUUCGAUUGCCGAUGUUAAUUUGAGGUCCCAAAAACCGAUUAAAAUUGAAAAAUUAACAGUUACUUCGUGGAGUGAUGAGCCAUUCUCUUACAUCGAAGAUCAAAAUAAUGGCGAAUCUGUGGGAAAAGGAUACGCUUUUUACAUAUUCAAUUUGGUUGCGAAUAAAUUAAACUUUACAUAUGAAAUUAUAAAGCCUAGUCCAAACAUACUUGGUAACGAAACUGCUGGAAUGUUGGGAUUACUCCAAACCAAGAAAGCAGAUGUGGCAGUGGCAUUUAUACCGAUAAUGACUGAAUUACAAGUGAAUUGUUCAUUCAGUCCUCCUCUGGAUUAUGCGGAUGUAACAAUUUUGUUGAAAAGACCUCGAGAAUCUGCCAUCGGAUCUGGAUUACUUGCUCCAUUUGACACAGUUGUUUGGCUUUGUAUUCUUGUAUCACUUAUUGUUGUUGGACCUAUCAUAUAUGUUAUAACAUCUUAUCGAUCUCGUUUAUGGGGUGACGAUUCAACAGAAAGAUAUAGUUUCACUACUUGUGUCUGGUUUACUUAUGGAGCGUUAUUGAAGCAAGGAUCAUCAGCAGCUCCAGAAGCUGAUUCAAAUCGAUUGCUUUUUGCAACCUGGUGGAUCUACAUAACAAUCUUAACAUCGUUUUACACGGCUAAUCUGACUGCUUUCUUGACUCUUUCGGAGUUCACCUUGCCAUUCAAGUCAAUCGACGAAGUGGUAUAUAAACGAUUUAAAUGGUGUGCUUUAUCAGAACAUUUAAUCGACUUUGCUCUAAAAUGGAAAACUAUAGAACCACUUGAUCCACUACUGAAAACUUUAAAAUCUGAUGGCAAAUUCUUUGAUGCUAAAGGAAAUAAAGAAGAAUCUGUUAUGAAAGAAAUCAAAGACGACCGAAUUUUUAUUGAUCAAACUCACUUCGUUGAAACAACUAUUUAUCGAAACUACAUGGAAAAUGUGAAAUUAAAUGAACAAGAAAACAAAAGAUGUCAGCUUGUAAGGAUGCCUCAACAUGUCUAUCAUCAAACUCGAGCUUUUGCUUAUCCUAAAGAUUCUCCUUAUCAAGAGAUAAUUGAUAGAAAGCUACUGGAUUUAGUUGAAACUGGAAUUAUACAAUACCAAGAAUCUAUAAAUCUUCCAGCUGUAAAAUAUUGUCCACUAAAUCUUCAAUCAACUGAGCGUCAAUUACGAAACUCAGAUUUAUCACUGACUUAUAAAACGAUUGGUGGCGGAUUUGUAUUUGCAACUAUUGUCUUUAUUACAGAAAUUAGUCAAUUGUUUUUCAAGUGCAAAGUUUGUUUGUGUUGUGCUAAAUCUUGUAAGUGCUGCAGAUCAAGAAUCAAAUCACCCAAGAAGGAACGACCAAAAAUGCAAUUACCUGCACAUUUUAAUAGUCAGUUUAACAACUCUAAAGUUAACGACAUUGGUAACAUAAAUAACAAUAAUGAUAUACAAAUAAUUAUGCCUAUUUAUGAAAGUGUUGACAAUUAUAAAAACAUGAAAAAGCAUUACAUCAAUGGGCGGGAUUAUUGGGUAAUUACUGAGCAAGGUGGUGAUAAACGAUUGGUUCCUGUCAGGAGCCCUUCAGCUCUAUUAUUUCAAUAUACUUCAUAAAACAUUUGAUAUUGAUUUUUUCUUUUUCCUAUUUUAUUGAAUAUUUGAGUUUUCAAUUAUGUUUAUUUAUUAAACAAAAAAACAAGAUUGUUUGAAAUUUUGUUUAACGACGUUUUCAGUUUUGUGAAUAUCAUUACUCAAUAUUUGAA